UUGUGUCCCAGUCGAAAGGUACUAACUAAAGCAGUAAACAGCAAUCGGGAUAUUCAAUCCAAAUGGCCAAGACUGUCACAAGAAUUAACGGGCUGUGGCAGGCGCUGCUGCUACUGUCGACUGCAGCCGGGAUUAGCCACCAGGCGUCCAUCCGUGAGGAGCGAGCCAGCGAGGACUUCUAUACUGCCGCCGUUGUGGAGUUUAGUCAGGCUGAUGGGACCGAUCUGACGGCGAAUCUGGCGGAUAACUUGGCGGGGUAUCUGGAGCUCAUCAACUCGCCAAAUGCCACUGGGGCGGAUAUCAUGGUCUUCCCUGAGAUUACUCUGAAUACCAUGGAAUCACUUACAUAUGUGCCUCCACCCGAGAAAAAUGCAACUCCCUGUCUGGACGACCCCUCGGCCGAAUACUAUCAUCCCUUCUUUGUGGAGAUCUCCUGCGCCGCUCGUAAAGUCAAGCGAUACAUUGUGAUCAACAUCAACGAGAAACAGCUCUGCUCCGAUACGCCCGAGGACACGCGUCCUUGUGCCUCUAAUGGACACAAUAUCUUCAAUACGAAUGUGGUCUUCGAUCGGAAUGGAGCUGUUGUUUCCAGAUAUCGUAAGGUUCACCUCUACUUGAAUGAGCCUCGGAACACGACAGCUCUACCGGAGGUCGUCACCUUUGACACCGACUUCAAUGUCACUUUCGGGCAUUUCAUUUGCUUUGACAUUGCAUUCUAUGUUCCCACCCUUGAGUUGGUCCAGAAACAUGGCGUUCGGGACUUUGUCUAUUCAAUAAAGUGGCAUUCGCAACUGCCAUUCUUCACAGCUCUACAAGUGCAGCUGGGCUGGGCUUAUGCCAACGAUGUGAAUCUUUUGGCAGCUGGUGCCAGUCGCAUAGAGUACGGCAGCACCGGUUCAGGAAUCUACAAUGGAAGGAAGGGAACUCUCACGAGUGUAAUAAAGCUGACUGAAAACGAACGCCGCAUCUACGUGGCCCAGGUCCCCAAGUACAAGAGAACAGAGCAAAGGCGACAGCAUCGAACCGUUAGUCAGAUGCGGAAACAUGUACGGCAGCCCACACCAGAGCAGAAGACCCAGACAACCAGCUCAGGAUUCGUGAUGACUCGGGACUAUAUCGAGCAGUACAAUACCACGUGGCUAGAUCAGGAAUUGGCGGGCAGUGCGAAAGCCGAAGUUUGCCAUGGAAAGCUGUGCUGCCACUUUGAGCUGGAGUGGAGCCCAUUAGAUACCGAAGUAGGCAAUAAAAACAAAUUCGGCUAUCGCCUAGGCGCCUACGAUGGCUGGCGAAAUCAGCCAAAUGUAGAUCCCAACUAUGUUCGCAACUGCGGAAUCUUCGCUUGCAGCGGAGUUACUCUUGACGAUUGUGGAUAUAUGUUGAGCCCAGAUCAACUACGCCUCAACUUAAGCCGAAUACUUAUUGAGGCCAAAUUUCCGAAGAGUCAAGAGAUUCUACUGAUGCCAAACAGUGUAAGGGAUAAUCUAUUGCCCCUCGAGCCGUCGCAGUUCGAGUGGUCCGUUCAAGAGGAGGAAGACAGCCACAUGCUGAAUGUUCGCUUUGCACUGGCUAAAACCGAGUCGUUGUCCAACCUGUUGUCCUUCGCUAUUUUCGGAAAUUACUACGAUGAAGUUUGUACUUAUGGCGCGGGCUCACCGGAGAAGGAUCUUGAAUGUGGCUAUAAGCCCACUGGCGAUGGCGCUGCAGAGCUGCGAUUAUUCAGCAGUUGGCUGUAUUUGCUUCUGGCUAUGAGCACCGCAUUCUACCUUAGAAAUUAGUGAGAUUAUUUGUUUCUUUUUUUUUUUUUAAUUUAUACGACGAGCAGGCUUUUUUAAAGUCUAAAAUCAAUUAAAAAUUUGAAAUGUUUAUAGCUUGAUAAGUAUGAAUAGGCCUAAUCAAGAAAAUGGAAAGAAGUUAAGUCUUGGGAUAGGUCUUAAGUACUAAACUUUUCAUACAGAAUUUUAUACUUUCUACUUUAUACACCGUUAAUAAAAUAUAUGUGGCUCGAUUUAA